CCGCAAAGCAUUGUGGGUCCAGUACGCUGUGACGCCAUGACGGAUGUAUGCCAGCGGGAGCAGAAAAUUUAUGUUUCCCGUCCGCGUGGUAGACUCUAUAUGCUUCCCAGGAGGCGUUAAAUUACUCUGACCUAAAAUUUCUUUAUUUUCUUUGAAGACGAUUUAGAACGACAAUGAACCGGUCGUUGUAUUCAUUUUCUGCUACGGCGCCAGCCAACGUCAGUAGGUAAUGUCAAUUGCUAACAUUAGUUAGCAAAUAAGGCUAACGCGACGGCUAAUAUAUAUAUAUUUCAAACGAAAUUCAACUGAAAAACAGCUGCUGAGUCGAUACGGGCUACCUGCGGAUAAAGGUAUGGCCUGGUUUUGACUGGGCGCUGCUGGUGAUGGCAGAGGGCAGCAGUGCUGGCGAAAUGCGCACCUUUGACCCGAGCCAUAGCUCUGAAGCAAAGAAGAGACAUAUUUCUUCUGAUGGCGGAGAAGAGCCAAUGAGGAAGAUGCCUGUGUCACAGUUUGGUUCGCGACCUCGAUUUGAGCCUGUGCACUUUGUUAGUGGCGGCAGCAGCGGGGGAGGAGGAGGACGAAGCGGCCCUGAUGAGAAGGAAAACGAUAAGCAAACCAGGAGGAGUGAUUUGCAUGGGUGGCGAUACAGGGAAUAUGAACACGCUUCCUACAGCAGCGCUGGCAGAGCAUCAAGCACCUUCCUCAGGCCUGCUUUUGAUAGAGUGCCAUCUCACAGCUUUGACUCUUGGGCUUCCCGUAGGGGUCGAGAUUGGGACAGAAAUAAUGUUCCCUCAGGCGGCCUUGCUGGCUUAGGCUACGGAGGUCGUGGCUUGUCAUCAAAUUUCAUGGAAAAAAUGCAACGAAACUAUACAAACAAGUAUGAGGCCCAUACCGCUCGCAACACAGAUUCCUAUUCGCAGCCAUACAGGCACAAUGGAUACGGGGGAGGAAACAGAUCAGUUGGCUGGGACUGUGGACGUCAGGGUUUGGGGUACAGCCACCAGGACCGCCCUCAUAAUCGAGUGUACAGCAGCCCUGCCACCGCUCACCCGGGGGCUUUGCCGCAGGCCCUCCCUAUCAACCAGGCCACGCUAGUCGAAAAGCAGAGGCUCGUCGCAGGUCUGGCAUCCGCGUUGGCGGCGUCUUUUUGGGACCCUCAGUACGCAAUUGGAACGGAGGCUCCAAAUUACAGUUUCAUGUUGAGCCGCAGCAUCCAGGCCUGCAAGACCAACCCUCAAUACAUUUACGUCAACCUGAAGGAUAUCCCUCAUUCCGACCUACCCAAGAACCGCAAAGUGCCGGUGGACGGUUACGCCUGCGAGCUGAGGUGUCAGGGAGUCUAUCUGGCCACGGGAUACUCGGGCAGUAAAAACGGAGCGAGGGACCGCGCCUCCGAACAUGCCGUCAAACUCUUCAUGAAGCCGGUCGAGGUGUGUGUGGUGCCGCGUAAGUACAGGCACACAAUGCUCAAUGAUGUCGUCGUGUGCCAGAUUAACUGCCCUAUCCCCACCUUCACGCCUGCACUUUGGAACCCGGAAAACAUAGGUUAUCCCAGUUUUAAAGGCCCCUACGAGCCUGACAUGAGCAAGCACUGGACUGAGUUUGUGGUCAUGGAUAACGCCCAGGAUGCCAUAUGCAUUCUCAACAAUUCUGCCGCUUUCAGUCACAUGAAGGUGGACUAUAAAUUUGAGCAGCUGCCCAACGGCUCCUGGCUGUGUAGCGUCUAUGUGCAGGAUGAAAUGGUGGCGCAGGCCAGCGGCACCAAAAAGAACUCCAAGCAUGCUGCAGCAGCUGAGGCACUGGCAAAGUUGCGCAUGAACCAGGCGGAACGACAGCACCACCAUCAAGCGCCUCAGCACACAAGGGGAAAUCAGCAGACAGAGUUGUCCGGUGGGCAGUUCGGCAUGAAAAAGAAGCAUCUGAGCGAGCUGGUCAUCUUGGAGAAUUCAGACAACGCUGUGUGCAUCAUAAACGACACGGCUCAGUUUAACAAGGUGACAGCCGACUACAAGUUCAUCUGUUUGCCUGAUCAUCGCUGGAGAUGCGAAGUGUACUUGGAAGGACAAUAUGUUGCAGCAGGCGUGGGAGCCAAAAAGCAGGUGAAGCACAUCGCGGCACAGGAGGCCUUGGCCACUUUGAGACAGACGCAGGCCGUGGUCAAGUCCAACCUUAGAAAGGAGGGUCACAACGACGCCAUAUCUCGUUCCCAGAUCCUGGGUCGCUCAGGCGAGGAGGCCACGAGGCAGAAGAUAAAGGAGGACAACAUUGGGAACCAGCUGCUACGCAAGAUGGGCUGGACAGGAGGAGGCUUGGGCCGAGAUGGAGAAGGUAUUGCCGAGCCCAUCAAAGUCAAGGAGCAGUUCUCGAGGGAGGGCUUGGGUAUGGACACAGACAAGUUAGGGAGCCAGCUCAGCAAACGGGACAUCGAGGACAUCAUUCGAAACUACGUCAGCUCGGACCGACAGGACGACCUGCGCUUCUCCACCGACCUCACCAACGACGAGCGCAAGCAGAUCCACCAGGUGUCCCAAAAGUAUGGCCUACGGAGCAAGUCAUACGGACAGGGCAGGCAGCGCUUCCUCGUUGUCAGUCGCAGAGUGGACACUGAUCAGCUCAUUGGCCAGCUACUGCAGGAAGGACAAGUGGGUCGCUACGAACUGGUCAAACCUCAGGCCUUUCACUAAUUUGCAUGUCAACUCCAGAUGCCAGCUUUGACUUGUGAAUAAAUCAAGAGUGUAACAAAUCCACAUUCACGAUUUUGACUCUUCAAGUCAGGCCUGGAUGGUUCCUACAUUCCUUUCCCAUGAGAUGUCCUCAAUCUUUUGAAUGUGUUUUCAUGUCACCUUUACUUUUCCAUAAGAUUCUCUACAGUGUUCUGAUGAGUGUCAAUAUUUCCUUAAUGGCCUAUUUCACUGGCCUGGAGACUAUGGCGACCUGAUGGCGACUCGAGUCUCCACAAAAUCUGGAGAAUAGCUGGGUCACCAAGGAGUUGCGGUGAAAUCAAUUUCAUUGGAGACCUUUUGGAGACUCCUCUGUACGCUCACUAUCGAGAAAAAGCUUAACAUCGCAAAACUGUAAUCAGUUGUCACAAAAUGUGUGGAGAUCUGUACAUCUGCCCACUUAAACUUCUAAAAAUAUCAGAAUGAUCGCCUCAAUAUUUUGAAUUUUAUGGUCGUUAAGGCGUUCAUAAUAGAGGACUGCUCAGGUGGUUGAGCGUGGAGGACGGUCAACGAAUCUUUGGGACAUGCCGCCUAUUUGAGAGUUGAACAGCAAAAAACAGAAUACUUAGGUCACUAAUAGUAUUAUUUUCUUUUGCUGUCGAACUCUCAAAUGGACAGCAAGUUCCUUCUGCAACCUGCACACAACAAGCACUGCGCCUGCCACACAUUACUUGUUUUUCUUAGAAUCUUUUUAUAAUUGUGAGAGUUAAAAAUUUAAAUCAAGAUUGAAAUUCGAUGAAUUGCCCAGCCCAUACGUUAAAUGUAAAUGGUUUUGUCUGAAUUGCGAGCUGUUUUGAAGACCCUUUGGCAUUGUCAUAUUUUGGUUCUUAAUACAUUAAAUGUUUGAAGAUACUUGCUGAAAACGUGCAGACAGAACAAAGAAGUACUUUUUUGUUGAGAUGUAUCAUUAAACAGUUUUUCCACAAUCUCAGUUGUCCAUUUUUUUAGGUGGCCUAAAACGGAACCGCGCUAACGCAACCCGGUCCCAGCAUGAGUCAGCCCUCCCCCUCUAUACAAGUACCUUCGUUGGCAGUUUGGUGCAAUUGUCACUUCCUUAUUCAUAACUUGGCCCAAUUCUACCAUUACAGUGUGCAGUCAGCCAUCAAGAUAUGCCUACAACCGGAUAAAAUGCAUCUUCCCUGAAGUGUUGUUAUUUGAAAUAUACGUCAUUGCAGUUUGCCCCCACGUGCAGCCCUGAGUACCGCAGUACGGCGUCAGCUCGUCCGGAAAGUCGCCACCUCACUUUUUGUCUUGUGUGGGCAUCCACAUAAUUGUGUUGACAGAGACCCGUACUUGACAGCUGAAAGGGAGCGUUCGAAUUUGGCAGACGUGUUAGUGCUUCUCUGUGGUGUCAAAUAAAAAAAAAAAAUUUGGUCCUUUUACAGGGUCUUUAAGGUUGUGUGUCUGCAUUAAUAAAUUACAUAUGGAAACCAAUGUGUUCCUCUCUGUAGCUAACCAAUGUUAAAUAAAUAUAUAAUAAAAUAUGCCUUCAUCGGCGACUUUCAGGUGAAAUGGUUGUCAUCACCUCACCUGGAGAAGUCUCCAAGACAUAGUCCUGGUGAAAGGUGAUGCAAUAUUUUGGUCUCAUGGAUCGCCGCCGAUCAGUCUCGGCAACGUCUCCAUCAGUGAGAUAAACUCUUAAGUCACCAAAUGUUAACAUGUAAUGUUUCAUGUAACAAUUGGACAAUAGAACCACUAACUAUGAUGAACAAGUAAUGCAUCGCUGAUGCAAUACUCACAAUGGUGGUAGCACAAGAGUGGCAUCUGCAUUGAUGAAAUGUGUCCAGAUGUCAGUGAAUACAAAACUGACUUGACUAGGCCCAGCUUCAUUAGGGGGGCAGACAAGUAAUGUAUAUCCAUUUAUUUACAAGAAAAUGUACAGUUUGUUACAUGGGUUACCAGUGCAAACCUUAAGACAAAAUCGUCCUGUAUGAUCACUUCACUCUGACCACAGUGCAGAUUUUGCAUGAUUGUGAAGUAGCUUAGAAAUAUCCCCUUUCAGCUUUUUGUUAUUGAAACCAAGAGCCCAAAUGGGGUAUUCGUGCCUGGUGUGUAGUACUCAAACAUAAAGACCAUUUGAAAUCCAGAAGGCAGCUCUAAGAGGGAUGAAUAAGUCCUUGUUAGGUUCAUUCUAA